AUGCCUACGGCUACUUCCAUUGCAAGCUGGGGCUUGCGCAAUCUGGGCCCCCUCACAACAACCUUUACCCCAGCGCCGUCUUGUACAAGCCAUAGUGAAAUAUGGAUCGUUUCCGAUUACACAUAUUCUGAUAGUGCCAUGUGGGAUUAUGUUGGCCACAUUUGCGGCACGGCGUUCGCAUCCGCCGCCGGCUGUGUACCCUCGGGCAGUGCCGUGGAUUCCGACUACGCAGCAUAUACCGCCGCUCCCUCGGCGAGCUCGGCUGAGUACUACUCGCCCGGCCUGGUCUGCCCCUCAGGAUGGUCCACCAUUGGUCUCGCCACCAAGGUGGACAAUGGCUCCGUCGAGACCACAGGGCCUGCGUUUGUCAGUUCGUUCCCUACGAGCGGGCCGCUAGUCGACUUGGAUUAUCUCGAGAAUCCACUUGGUAAUGCGAUGGUUGAAGCAAUGGAUGCGGGCGAGACUGCUGUCCUGUGCUGCCCAAGUGGCUUUGACGCAAACAAAGCUGGUCUCUACGGCUUCUGCACAUCAACCGUGCCCGACUAUCCCAUCCCAACAUCAGUCUGCAUAGAGUUCCUGAACAGCAGUGAUACAAACACCGUCAACACGACCCUCACGCUCCUAGAUCAUACUUUCACCGGCUCGGCCGAGCCGAUCACGGGGAUUUCAGACCUGCUGAGCACCGUUACGGAAACUUUCACCGCCCCAACUGGCACGGAAACCGGCGUCGGCGUUUACAACACGGCUGACAUGAGCGCGGUGAACGUAGCCGGUGUAGUCUACCUUAUCCACGGUGCCUCUGAUACUGCUUCGGCCACGGGCACGGCCAAUGUGGCGGCUACGGGGGCUGUGGGCUUGCCUGGCGUUGUUGCGUUAUUUACUCUUGUCACCGCCUUUACCUCGGGUUUCCUGCUUAUGAUAUAG